CUUACUCAGUGCUGGGUUUGGUGAUGGUGGUGAGGGCAGGUAGGGCCGCUGCCCAUUUUAGCCAAGGGUCACACAGCAUUUACAUCACAAUUGGGCUGGAGGUUAAAAAUGUCUAGCCCUUUCCCUCUCCACCACCCGUGGCUGUGUCCGGAGGAGAAUGUUCUAGCGCUGGGCCGGCUGUGGAUGAAGUCCUUGGGGGAGAAAAGGAGCAGGCCAAGGGCGAUGGUGAAGUAGAGCUGCCUCACUGAGGCAGCAUGAGCUGAGAGGACAGGAAGGAAGGAGGCACCCAGACAGCAUGGAGGACUUUCUGCUCUCCAAUGGGUACCAGCUGGGCAAGACCAUUGGGGAAGGGACCUACUCCAAAGUCAAAGAAGCAUUUUCCAAAAAACACCAAAGAAAAGUGGCAAUUAAAAUUAUAGACAAGAUAAGAGGGCCAGAAGAGUUUAUCCAGAGAUUCCUGCCUCGGGAGCUCCAGAUCGUGCAGACCCUUGACCACAAAAACAUCAUCCAGGUGUAUGAGAUGCUGGAGUCCACUGAUGGGAAAAUCUACCUGGUGAUGGAGCUGGCUGAGGGCGGGGAUGUCUUUGAUUGCGUGCUGAAGGGGGGGCCACUGCCUGAGAGCCAGGUCAAGGCCCUCUUCCGCCAGAUGGUCGAGGCUAUCCGCUACUGCCAUGGCUGUGGAGUGGCCCACCGGGACCUGAAGUGUGAGAAUGCCUUGUUGCAGGGCUUCAGCCUGAAGCUGACCGAUUUUGGCUUUGCCAAGAUGUUACCCAAGUCACGCCAAGAGCUGAGCCAGACCUUUUGCGGGAGCACAGCGUACGCAGCCCCAGAGGUGCUGCAGGGUAUUCCCCAUGACAGCAAGAAGGGCGACAUCUGGAGCAUGGGCGUGGUCCUGUACGUCAUGCUCUGUGCCAGCCUACCUUUUGACGACACAGACAUCCCCAAGAUGCUCUGGCAGCAGCAGAAGGGGGUGUCUUUCCCUCCUCAUCUGGAUAUCUCAUCUGAGUGCCAGGACCUGCUCAAGUGGCUCCUGGAAACAGACAUGACCCUCCGGCCUUCGAUUGAAGAAGUUAGUAGGCACCCCUGGCUAGCGAGCACAUGAUACAUGCAAUGGCAAGUCCUCCCCAAUAAAGUAGGGGGAGAAAGCAAACCCAAAACCUGCUUC